AUGCCUCUUCUACUUGUCUCCUUAAGUUCUUUCCCUUCCCCAUUUGCGGGGAAGAAUGUCCACGUGCUCAUCGUCAGCUCUUGGCGCUCUGGUUCUUCGUUCCUCGGAAACAUCUUCAACAAUCACCCGGACGUAUUCUACAUGUUUGAGCCAGGACACCCUGUCUGGAUGAAACUGUUAAAUGAGUCUGCUGAACUCCUCCAUUACCCUCUCAGAGAUCUCCUACGUUCUUUAUUCACUUGUGAUGUUUCUCCUCUCCAUUCCUACCUUCCUCAGGGUGGACAGAAAAUGUCUGAUUUCCACUACUUUGCUGAGAGUCGAGUGCUCUGUAUGCCUCCAGCAUGCCAAUACUCUAAUAUGACAAAAACAUACAACCGUCUCAAUUGUUCUCUUGUAUGUGGAGAGAACCCCUUGAAAAACAUUGAAAACGUUUGCAGAAGUCAUAAGCACAUGGCAAUGAAGACAGUUCGCAUCCUUGACCUUAAGGUUCUUAUUCCACUGCUCCAAGACCCUAAGCUUGACCUUAGAAUUGUCCAUCUAGUACGAGAUCCACGAGCUGUGGUUUCAUCGAGGCAGUACUUCACUCUUAUUGAUGAUGACAGGAUUGUGUAUAGGGAUGGAAUUUCAGAUCAAGGGGGAAACAAAAGCAAGACUCCAAAUGCUACUGAAGUAAUGGCCAAGAUCUGCAGGUCACAGGUCUCAAUGUAUAAAGAGGGCAGAAAUUCCAUGCAUUUUCCAUUAGGACGCUACAUGUUAGUUCGACUAGAAGAUUUGGCAUGUGAUCCCUUGUCUAAAGUCAAUAAAGUGUUCUCUUUUGUUGGCUUGAGUAUGACACCAGAGAUAAGACAUUGGGUGCAUAAUAUAACACACCAUGAAAUAGCUAGCGAACCAGGGGGAUUUAUGUCAUAUUCAAAAGAGGCCAAAAAUGUCACUGAAAAUUGGCGAAAGAGGUUGGACUUCAGUAUAGUAAAAAAAAUCCAAUCAGUCUGCCAGGAGGCAAUGGACAUGUUUGGGUACUUACCUUUAGAAUCAGAGGCUGAUCUUAAAGACUUGGAUAUAGUAUUAGUGAGAAAGAGGAAGAAACCAUACAGAUAA